AUGCUGUUUAACAGGAGGAAUUUCGUCAAUAUUGCAAAAGUAGCAGGGACCAGCAAGCAGCUGCUGCGUAAAUUUUGGAUUUUUACUGCAGCCAGUUGGGAAAUUUCUGCAGUUAACAGAGGUGAUGGAAAAGCAAGUUUGGAAAACAACCACAGGUAUGGGACACCAGCUCAAAUGAAUGUUGAUCUGAAAGGUCGGGACCUCCUUACUCUACAGAAUUACACAGCUGACGAGCUGAAGUACUUGCUGUGGAUGGCAUCAGAUUUGAAACAAAGGAUAAAGCAUGAAGGAGAGUAUUUGCCUUUGAUGCAAGGCAAAUCCUUGGCCAUGAUUUUUGAGAAGAGAAGCACAAGAACAAGAUUAUCUGCAGAAGCAGGAUUUGCUCUCCUUGGAGGACAUGCUUCCUUCCUUACAACACAAGAUAUACAUCUGGGCACGAAUGAGAGUCUCACAGAUACAGCAAGGGUGCUGUCCAGCAUGACAAAUGCAAUCUUGGCUCGAGUUUAUAACCAUAAUGAUCUGGACCUAAUGGCAAAAGAAGCCACGAUCCCAAUAAUCAAUGGAUUGUCUGAUUUAUACCAUCCUCUUCAGAUUUUAGCUGAUUACCUAACUCUUCAGGAGCACUAUGGAGGGCUGAAGGGGCUCACCAUGGCCUGGAUCGGGGAUGGCAACAACGUCCUGCACUCCUUCAUGACGAGCGCAGCAAAGCUGGGAAUGCACCUGAGGAUUGCCACUCCCAGGGGUUUUGAACCAGACCCCAGGAUAACUAAAAUAACUGAACAGAACUCCAAAGAGUAUGGUACCAAGUUACUUCUCACCACAGACCCUUUGGAAGCUGCAGACAGUGCCAAUGUCUUAGUCACAGACACAUGGAUAAGCAUGGGACAAGAGGAGGAGAAGAAAGAAAGACUAAAGGCCUUUCAAGGUUAUCAGAUUACAAUGCAGACUGCAAAAUCUGCUGCUUCCAACUGGACUUUUUUACACUGUUUACCCAGAAAACCCGAAGAAGUUGAUGAUGAAGUAUUUUAUUCUCCACAGUCAUUGGUUUUCCAGGAGGCUGAAAACAGAAAAUGGACAAUUAUGGCUGUCAUGGUUUCCCUGCUGACAGAUUACUCACCACAGCUACGAAAACCCACAUUUUGA